UUUGUCCGGAGCAAAGCGCCAUAUUGGAACUUUGUUUUGACUUGACUAUUUCUUUUUGCUGAACUUUCCUGUGUGGUGUUUAGCCGUUAUCUUUAUUAAUGUAAGUAAUUCUGGCAGAAGCUCUUAGAUACACUUCAGAUCAAACCUUUCUGGAAUAUUUUAGCAGUUGACUGAAAGAGUCGGAAGAUGAGCACGCGUCCCCGCCCUGUAACUGCCACAGUGACCAAGCCGAGAUGGAUGUCGAUGCCAGAUGCGGAUUCGAUUGCUCGGGCACGGAGACAUUCCCUCGGCUCCACAGGUUCCACGGCAUCUCUGGUGUCGGUCCUGGACCACGACAGCUAUAUAAGUGUACCUAGUGACUCAGAGCUGGAGGCACCAAAAGUUCAACUUCGUAAACGUUCAUCAAGAAAGACAAAGGGGGCCAAUGAGGUUAUAGUGAGUAAGCCAGCAGGGGAAGAUGGGAGAAGAAAGUCAUCAAAUUCCAUGGAAAAAGGCCUAUCCCCAUGGGAAAUUUGGCUGAUAGCCAAGACACAGGAGGAGAGACAACAUCGACAGCAGGAAAUACAAAGGAAGAAAGAAGACAAAAUAAAAAAAAGAGAGGAAGAAAAAGAAAAGGAAAGGAAGCUAAUGAAAGCUGAAGAUGUCCGUAAAGAAUGGAUGGAAAGAAAGAAGAACGAAGAAAUGCUAAAAAGGAGAACGGAAAAGCUGCAAACUCGCAAUGAGAAACAAGCGAAAGAAGAAACACAGACAAGCAUCCAACAGAAAUCAGCUAACAAUUUUAAGUUGUGGAAGAAACAUAAGUAUGAAGAGGAACGAGAGAGAAAAAGAAGUGAUAAACAGAAAACAAUACAAGAGGAAGAAGAGAAGAAAAAGAAGGCUGAAAUAUCAGAGAGGAAGUAUCAGGAAUGGUGCAAGAAUGCUGAUAAAAGACCCAAGUCUGCACCCAACAGCUUCGGAUACAUGGAAGGAAAGCUUAAAGUUGGAAAAUCUGGAAAAGAUUUAAAUCGUUACCAUGACUCUGCAGCCUACCCAACGCCAUCUUUCUACAAUCCACAACCAUGGCAACCCAUACACAUACCUCGAGUGAAGAAUGAAAAGCCAAAGAGGCCAAAACCAAAGAAAUAUGUAUGGAAUCCGAAUAAGUACUAUUAAGGGUUGAUUUUAUUCGGGUGCAGAAGUAUUUAUUUAUGUUAAUUUAAUUUGUUUAAUUGUUAGCGACAUGAGACAAUACCGGUAGGUAUUUAUUUGUGAUUUGUCAGGUCACUGGGAAAGAAUAUAUUAACCUCUGAUCACACAGCUACUGGUUAUCAUAUGAUGCAGAAGGGGAGGACUCAAGUAGUAAUAUCUUAGGAGACCCCAUUUCGCCUUUCGGAAAUAUCAUACCAAGAAGCUAAUUACAUUUUAAGUUUUAUUAUCAGGGCAGACCAAUUAAUCUUCAUUUUUUUUUUUCUCAUUCUCUUUUUUCUCUUCAUUUGACAGUAACAAAUAAUAUAUAAUGUAACUGAUUUAAGGUGAAACUGAUUUCCACAUGGACAUUUUUGUGUGGGUGUUACGUGUCUUUAGUUUGUAGCUUGAAACUGGAUUGUAUUGCAAAAGGAAUUUAAACAAACUCUUGAGUAAGCCUUGUGUGGCCUGUUUGUGACUUCAUCUUGAUUCAUAUUACAAAUCUUACAUGAGAAGUAUGAGUUAUGAGUUGGGAACACUCAAAUCAGACACAAUGGUGGUGAUUGUACACCUCCAAAUAUGCCACUGGUAAUUGUUAAAAGCAGGAAUUGGGGCUGGGACGAUUCCAAAUUUACUACACGGGUACCCACACCUCUAUUACCCAACCCUACCCGGGUACCCGCUGUUGGUGUCAAGUGAUAGGUACAAAAUGUCCGAUUUGGAAUAGUUUGACAGUAGCCCUGGCAGAAUGUAUCUAGAUAUAAAAUGAUGUGGUCAUGCAUACACUGAAGUUGACUGAAGUUUUAGCUAUAUAUAAGUCAGAAGGAAUGUGUACAUAGUCAUGAAGAAAUCGAACAUUAGAGACUCAAAAUUGUCAUGUAACCAUGUAGGUUUAUAGUGAAUUUUUCUCAUGAAACAAUAUAUCACGUGAUUAACCACGGGUCCAGGUAGUCCUGUGGGUACCCGGGUCCUUCUCAGCACCCACCCGACCCGAGUACCCGAGUUACCUGUCCCAGCCCAAGCAGGAAUAUACAAAGCUUUGAUGGUAUGAGAAGUUAGUCAUUAUGUGCACUUACUAGAUGCUUGUAGUUUGUAGAAAACAUGCUCCUGAUUACAACUGUUUUGUGUUGAGUCACGACAUAUGUAUGUUGGCAUAUUCCGUCCAUUUUGUUGAUAUCUUAUUGUUCUCAAGAUCUGUAUAUAUCACACAGAAAACCCUCCACCCAGCUGCAUAUAUCAGACACACUCUGGCUCUGCCUAUGCAAUUGCAUAGGAAAAUGUAUGUUAAUAUUGAUCUUAACAGCUAUGAUGCGUGGGGCAUCAGUGACUUCAGUCUUAUGUACUUAAAGGGAGAUAAUUCACAUAAUUGAAGCCCUCAUAAAAUAUUGCUGAUAGUAUCAGAUUUUGUUUUAUUAUUUGGGGUGUUAUUUUAUUUAUUUAAGGCUGACAAAUUGAAAGAAUAUAUCUUAAAUACAUGCCAUGGUUUAAUUAACUUAAUUGUUUACUGACAUUUUCCAAACUGUAGAUAAUGGUUAAAAUAUAGAUUUACGCACAUUUUCAAGUGCUAUGACAGUUGCAAUGAGAAGCAAGGCAUUUGGCACAAAAUUCAAGCAGUGUUCCUAAAAGAUGUAUUGAGUGAUUUGGCAUGAGAUUACAGUGGAAUUGUGUGAGAGCGUGUGUAUUGUUGAACAAGCAUGAAUCUCACUCCAAGUGCUUGAGAGUUGACAGAUAUGUAGCUCCGUGCAGCUACCUAUAGCCAAACCUAUGCAUGAGCGAACACUGGAACAAUGAGGAGAGCUAAUGCAGUAUGGGAUCAGCAUCGGGACAAUUCUGCAUCGGGACAAUUCUGCAUCAGCUCAAGUCAGACAAAUGAGAGAAACAUGCAAGUACUAUAGGUGUUUACAUGUUUCACUGAGUCAUCAGCUGGAAAUAAUCUACAUAGCUGCCAUGUUUAAAUAACUUUCAACCACUGCUUCUGAAAGCUAUUAUUUAAUCGGGCAGAAUUUUAAUCUUGUGUGUUUCUUGCUUCAUCAAGGCAGUCACUGGAUUGGUUGGAAUUUUGCGAUUUGGUUCACAUUUUCACUGCAAAUGGCCAUGAAACAUGAAGUAUAUUCAAAAGGCAGUAUGUGUAUUAUCCUUAAUGGAGGUAUUAUUAUCCUUGAUGUCUAGAGUCGUAGAAAUGUUUUUGGCAUGUGUUUUAAAACAGAGAAUAAAAAACUUGAAUAUGUAUGCCCAUGGUAAUUACAUGACCAAAUUUGAAGUUUAUAUAUAAUUUUCUAUGGAUUAUUGUGCCUACAGCAGUGUAGUGUUAGAGAAUAUAGUACACAAGGGGUACAUGUUUUCCAUCAUGUGUGUGUGUAAUUUAGCCUUGUUACAAAGCACUGUCUGUGAUAUGUGUAAUUGUAUGUGGUCUGAGGAUGAAAAAUAAAUAGCUAAACAGAAA